ACAGUCAGCAUCAAAAGUAGCGGAUCAAACAAGGUUUCAAAAGUACCAUUCUGUAACAGCUUAACAAAACUUGAUGGUUCUAUAUGUAGACCAAUUUAGACUGUAAAAGAUAUAGCUUUAAAGGUGAUUUUUAGAGAAUUAUCUAUAUUUGGAAAAGUUAUCCGGAAUAUCAGAUACUUUUGGCGCGUUGUUUCAUCCGCUACUUUUGAUGCUGACUGUAUGCUCGGUCAUUGACUAACAUAUAAAAAAGAAAUGAAUUUAUGCUUUACACGGUUGAUUGCGCCAUUAUUUUAGCAUUACAUCAUUGGCAAUUUUUCCUUUAAAACGGCAAAAUUUACUACCCCAUUCUCUCCAUUGCACACGUCAUAGACAAACUAACCUACAGAACGUUGUCGUCACCCAUACGUGCACAGCAAUGAAAAUUCGAUCAAUCUUUGAGGGCUUUCCCAAAACGCUCGACGCUACGCUCCACUACGGCUACGAAGAAAAUUCAGUACCGCGCCAGCUUUCAAAGGGAGAGUACGCGUCGCGCGCGUUAAAAUUCACGUCUCUCGUAUUUACGUACGCAGUCAUUCAACUUUAAAUCCAAUUAUUAAUACAAUGGCGUGUGUGAGUUAAUGAGAUUGAGUGAUUAGUGCGUUUUAAAUGUUAUUUAAUAGUGUUUGGUGUCAGAAAAUGCUGAAGGAUGUGAGUUUGGGAAAAUGUUGAGCGCGUUCGCGCUAUGGCACGUGGGAUUGUUGGUAUUGGGAGUGGAUGGACUUAUAGAAAUCGUCGAAGAGCAACAAUGCCACGACUACGCCUUCCGCCUGACAUGUCGCCAGCUCGACGCUCACAUCGCCAUCCUCGAAGCGUGGUUCACCUCAACCGACCACCUCAACACCUCAUCAGACCUCACUAACCUCACCAUCAAAACUGAGAACGAUUCAGAACUCGAUAGAGUCUAUGUGUAUUCUAGUCCCAAACAUAACGGCGUUUACGAAAGCAACCAUUCCAAUUUUGAAAACGUGACUAAUGUGAACGUGUCUGAACGAUUCGAAUUCAUAAACGAAACGGAUUUUUUGGAAGUGAACGGAAGUGAUUGUGGGGUUGGGGGGUUUUUGAGGAGCUACGGCAGCUGGCGCGAGGGCGAUAAGAGGAGGAGGUCGCCGUCGCGGGAGGCGGCCGUGAACUUGAGGGCGCCGGUGAGCUACCGAUGUACAGGAGUUAAUCACUGCAGCUUCGUGCUUCAUGAAGACUACCCUCCGGCGCGGGGGUGGUCGGCGGGGGUGGUUUAUAUAAAAUACGCCUGCUUUGACGAUACCCUCUCUAUCCACUACUGCAACCGCGAGGUCGCGAUAGGCGUGUCUGGCCCCGAGAGCGAGGGGUACAUACGGACCCCGGGAUACCCUAACUUCUACGUGGGCGACGAGUGUCGGUGGAAGCUAGUGGCACAUCCAGAGCAGAGGAUAAGGAUAUCGCUGUUGGAUGUCAGUUUGAGAAGUAUAGGCCCGUUCGAGAACGAGUGCUCCGACUACGUCCUCGUGACGGACGAGAACGGCGACGCAUUGCUGUCGUCGUGCGACCAAGUCGCGCUGCCGCUGCGAUUGUCGUCCGCGACAAACGCAGUCGACGUCACGGUCGAGACGCGGAGUGAAGGAGCGUAUCCUAAGAGGGGCGUGUUGUUUCAUUAUAAGAGUAUAGGCUGCGUAACGCUGCCAGCGCCAUCUGACGGCUACCUAGUGUACCGCAACGAGGACGUGGCGCAUUACAUGUGCAACGUCCGACAUGUUUUCGCCGAUACGCGACAGAGGGCGCGCGUUAUAUGGUGCUUUGACGACAACAGAUGGAACGACACUGUGCCUUUAUGUGUUGAAGAGGCGAGUGGUGAUUCGGCGGGAGAGGGCAAAGACAAAAACAUGACGCACACCGAGGCCAAUAUGAUAGUUGACAUCGUGAUCCCGUCUCUGCUGAUACUGGCUCUGUUCAUCGGGAACGCGUUCAUCGUGCUCAUCAUAUACAAGUACAGAAAACGCGAAAAUUUACAUAAACCUUUGUUCUACCCCUGCUCGGCUUAACGUCUCAAGAGAAGCAAACGCAAGAUCUCUGGCAUAAAAAAUGAUGACCUCGACGACGAAUUCAAUACCAUCCCACUGAGCGUCAACGGCAACAUUCACAGCGCGGGCAACGCGGUUUAAACAAACACAAUCAAGGGAGAUUACACGUUAGACUUUAAAAUCCUGUUAUAAAUUAUCUUUGACGUUCCCACACCAUAAUUUGUCGUUCAAAAUACAUGUAACUACAAUAACUACAUCAGUUAGUUAAUUAAUAAUAUAUGCGCGUCCGCACGCGGUAUGAUUUAUAUGUCGCGGCUGACACCGCGACCUGUUGUUGCCCGUGGCAGUGUGUGUGAACGGCCUAAUUAUGGCAGCUUUUAUUUAAAAUGUAUAGACAUUUCAAACAAAUCAAGAAAAAGAAAUUAUCCAAUUACUGCAAAAACAUUACAUUAUUUAGAUUCGAUGGCCUUAAUUUAAUAUCUCAACAGGCCUGUUCUUACAUUUUUCAUUAUGUGCUCCUGUGGACCUGUGCUAUUUGUAUAUUGGGUUGGCUAAGAUUUUAAUGAAUAGUAUCCAUAUUCCAUGAUAGGAAGUCGUUUUAUUGCUUAGUUUUAAGAUAUUUAGCCAAUCAGACUCGGAGGUUGGGUCGAAAAGUCGCCUUUCAGUAAUUUCAGAUUUCACAUCAAUGAUCUUUGUGAUAACUAUUGGAACGUAUAAAUGAUUGUAAAGAAUACUUAAAAGAUGCAGCUUAAAAGAGGCAUUAUUAUAUGGAAAGCUGUUAAACAUGGAACUGACAACCUUUUCAAAUGUUUUUCGUGUAAUCUCUCAAAGGCAGCUGGAUGAAAACGCGUUGGAAAUCGGACAAAAGCAUCGAUUCUAGUCGCCGCGUGUGCGAGCGGCCUUAGGUUUUAAGUUACCCUAUUUACCCUUUAAUUACCUCAGUUAGACUGUCCAGCCGAUUUAGGGUGAAUUCAGAAAUUUAAACCAAUCAAAUUGUUACAAGGACAACGGAAAAAUGGACCAACCGACGUUGGUAUAGGGCCUUUUAUUGUUUCAUUUAAAGGGGUUUCAUAUUUCAGUUAAUGACUUAAUGAUACAAAGUCCAUUUAUUUAUUAAUUCACGGUAUCUUUCAAGCUGAUGGUUAAUUCUCGAAAGCUAUUGUAAAUUAAGUAAGUAUUUAUUUAUUUGGCUAACCGAAGCUUAUAAUAUGGUAGCAACAAAAUCGAAUUAUAUGAAUGAAUUUUAAUGUUCAUAACCAUGACUAUAGCUAGUUUAGUUCUUUUUCAUGUCAUAAUAGAACCGUGGCCCUAUUUACGAAUACUGCAUGACUAAUAUUUUUAGUCAUAGCUGGCAAAAAGGCCUUUUUUUUUUCUUAGAGCACUUGUCAAAAAACAAUGUUUCCAAUGUAGAUUUUUUAAAUAAAAUAUACUUUCAUCAUUGUCCUUUGUUCCGUAAAUUAGAUAGUAUUCUCAAUGGAUUAUUUUCAAAUAGCUUAGAUGUUAAGUAAGGACUGAUAUGAUGUAAAAAUACUCUUAUUUUUUUCAGUCGCACAUCUGUCACUGCCUUGUUUCUCAUAGUAAGUCAAUUAAGAAGUUGUUGGCUCUAGUACUGUGCUAAGUAUUUAUGAUUUCGUUUCGUCUCGAAAUUGUUGAUGUUUUUGUAUUUGGCUAAGUCUGUAUAGAUUCAGUAAUGAAUAAAGCACUUUACCAUUA